GUCAUAGCUUGGACAGUGAUAGUCGUUUGAGAAGUAACCGAAUGACAGCUACAAAGCGAAGAGCUCACAGUGGCUUAUAUUAGAUUUCCUUCACCGUGGCGGUAUCUGUAAACUGUUAGUGUUGCUAAGCAAUAGUGCUGGAACCGUCUCUUCUUCUGGUCCUUUUGCACCACCUGGAAAGUGUCUGAGUUACCUGGGAAAACAGUGCUGAGCAAACACGAUGAUUACCACCACCACAGUUACAUGCAUGGAGAAGACAGUCCAGGCCAGGAACGGAACAAACACAUAGGCAUAGAUCCUAAUGCUUACUGAGAGAAGGUGCCGUAGUGUCCUGAGGCUCAGUCAGCUGCUGAGGUUAAGCAUCAAUGAAUGCCACCUCAGGCCUUUGAUACAGAGAAAUUCCAUGAUCCAUCUCCUGUCGUCUGUGAGAGGCUGAAAUCAUUAGAUUACCCUGUGCCGCCGUGAGGCCAGGCAGUAGGGAAAAUUCUGAGUAAGAAUGAAGGAGACAAGUGAACUGUCACUCUGUAAAUCCCUCAGCCUGGAAACAUACUGGGAAAACCACCUUAGUUGUUCAUUCAAAGAAUUGGGACAUUUCUAUUUUCUCUCUCAUUUCAGCAUUUUAAAUGACAGUUUAAGUCACAGAGCCCUUUGGACUUUUCUGCUGCUGUGUUGAAGGAUGCCCUACUGGGAUCUGAGUUCAAGCCGGGGGUGUAAUUGAAAAGGGAAUGCUUUUGAGGCCAAGCCAUGUUCAUUGUAUUUUAGUUUACCCACCCCCUUAUCUCAGCUGUGAAGAGGGACGAUUCUCUUAUAAGUUACCCGAAACCACAGAGACAGUGGUGGGGAAAAAGGGUGGGAUAGAGUGAAAGGAGGAAAAGGAGGGGUGAGAGGAACAGUGAGCAGAGUGUGAGGUAGAGAGCGUACACAAAACCCAGACACUGGGUGACUCCUGUAACCAAGGACGAAGGUAGCAACGCAUCACAACGCCACUCUCGCCCACUGGACAUUCUAAAGAAAGGAGAGGCGAACACUCAGACUCAGAUAGUCAGCAGUCUCCCAUUAUUCCAUCCUGAGCCCCUGGGGUUGGAGUGGCUGCCCUGGAGGACUGAAGUCUUGACACAUCCAGAGUGGACUGCACGGAACACAAGCCUGAUGUGGGUGAAUUGAGUUCGAUCCUCGAUCCUCUUUCAGAGUCCAGCGAGGUCUGGACUGAGAGGGUUGUUCAGUUAGUGGGUGUCAAGGUGGAGCAGGAGGAGGCGUGGAGGAAUAACUCAAGGUAGUAAGGAGAAAGGUACAGACCAUGGGCAAAUCAAACAGCAAGCUCAAGCAGGAGGUGGUGGAGGAACUGACCAGGAAGACCUACUUUACAGAGAAAGAGGUGCAACAGUGGUACAAAGGCUUUAUAAAGGACUGUCCAAGUGGUCAGCUGGAUGCGGUGGGCUUUCAGAACAUCUACAAGCAGUUCUUCCCUUUUGGUGACCCCACCAAGUUUGCUUCUUUUGUCUUCAACGUCUUUGAUGAAAACAAGGAUGGACGCAUAGAGUUCUCUGAGUUCAUCCAGGCCCUGUCGGUGACCUCUCGGGGGACGCUGGACGAGAAGCUCAGAUGGGCUUUCAAAUUGUAUGAUCUUGAUAACGAUGGCUACAUCACACGAGACGAGAUGUUAAACAUCGUAGAUGCCAUAUAUCUGAUGGUGGGGAACACUGUAGAGUUACCAGAAGAAGAGAAUACACCUGAGAAGAGAGUGGACCGUAUUUUUGCCAUGAUGGACAAGAAUGCUGAUGGCAAGUUGACCCUGCAGGAAUUUCAGGAGGGUUCCAAGGCAGACCCCUCCAUUGUGCAGGCACUGUCACUGUACGAUGGGCUGGUAUAAGGCAUAAAGUGUUUGAUUCCCAAGUGAAUCUAACACAGUGCCAUCACACCUGCUAUGAGAAGAAGCAUCUACAAACAUCAACAUCCCUCCAUGCACCAUCCAGAAGGAGACGUGGGAGGGUGAGGAGGCGGGCACAGACUUGUGUAAUACUGUCCUCAAUUGCACAUAUUCAUCUCCACUAAGCAUUGAAAACAACUCGGAGCCCUCUGAUAUUACAACAUGUAAAAUAAAACAAGGGCAAGAGGGUAAGAGACACUGAACAUAACAUGCAAGGAAGGAAUUUGUUGAUGGUAUAUGUCUGUGGACUUCAUUCAAGAACUCAAACAAGGGAUGGACAGCACUGAAGACCAGCUUUAGAGAGAGUCUAAAGGUUGUUUUUCCCUGUGGUCUACACUGGAGGAUACCCCUUGAGGUGUGUGUGAACUGUGAACGGCGCUCAACAGAGCCAUAGUGGUGUGACAUGGCUACCUGAAAGGCUACAGCGGGAGACAUCAACAGGCACUGAUUUGAGAGUGUGGAGAGAGAUCAACUUGUUUAUAAACCCAAGUACAUAUGAUAUAGUAUACACGGAGUGUACAAAACAUGAGGAACACUUUCCUAAUAUUGUGUUGCACCCCCUUUUGCCCUCAGAACAGCCUCAGUUCUGUUGAGUGUGAAAAACCCAGCAGUGUUGCAGUUCUUGACACAC